AUGUCCCACGGGACCUACUAUGAGUGUGAGUCCAGGGGUGGCCAGCCGCCACUUGAGUUCUCCGGGGCCCGAGCAGGGCCUGGGGAGCUGGGGGACAUGUGUGAGCAUGAGGCCUCCAUCGACCUUUCUGCCUACAUCGAGUCUGGGGAGGAGCAGCUGCUCUCCGACCUCUUUGCCAUGAAGCCAACCCCUGAGGCCCGGAGUCUCAAGGCCCCCGGAACCCCUGCCUUCCCUCAUUAUCUGCAGCCUGACCCAAGGCCCUUCGCCUACCCCACACACACCUUCGGCCCAGACAGGAAGGCACUGGGGCCUGGCAUCUACAGCAGUCCAGGGAGCUACGACCCCAGAGCUGUGGCUGUGAAGGAGGAGCCCCGGGGGCCAGAGGGCAGCCGCGGUGCCAGCCGAGGCAGCUACAACCCCCUGCAGUACCAGGUGGCACACUGUGGGCAGACGGCCAUGCACCUGCCCCCAACCCUGGCAGCACCCGGCCAGCCCCUUCGCGUCCUCAAGGCACCUCUGACCACUUCUGGGCCCUGCAGUCCCCUUCUCAAGGCACCCUCCCCAGCUGGCCCCUCACACAAAGGGAAGAAGGCAGUGAAUAAAGACAGCCUUGAGUACCGGCUGCGGCGGGAACGCAACAACAUUGCUGUGCGAAAGAGCCGGGACAAGGCCAAGCGGCGCAUUCUGGAGACACAGCAGAAGGUGCUGGAAUACAUGGCUGAGAAUGAGCGUCUGCGCAGCCGCGUGGAGCAGCUCACCCAGGAGCUGGAUACCCUCCGCAACCUCUUCCGUCAGAUCCCUGAGGCCGCUAACCUCAUCAAGGGCGUUGGGGGCUGCAGCUGA